AUGAUAAUUUUAAAAGGAAGCACUUCAAUCAUGAACUUCAAAAUGCAUUUAUCAAGAAAGUUGUUAACGGCCAUGGCAGCAUACUCUACAAAAGUUUCCUUAAACGAAGUGGUUAUAGCAUCCGCCGUGAGAACUCCUAUAGGAUCGUUCAGGGGAAGCCUUUCGUCCUUAUCAGCCACCGAGCUUGGAGCUGUUGCCGUCAAAGGGGCCAUUGAAAGAGCCGGCAUUCCUAAGGAAGAAAUAAAAGAGGUGUACAUGGGUAAUGUUUGUGCUGCAUACCUUGGACAAGCUCCAGCCAGACAAGCAGUGAUAUUUGCUGGCAUGCCAAAAAGCACAAUAUGCACAACAAUAAACAAAGUUUGUUCAUCUGGAAUGAAAUCAAUCAUGUUGGCUGCACAGGGCCUACAAACUGGAGCUCAGGAUGUAAUGCUUGCAGGUGGCAUGGAAUCUAUGUCAAAUGUACCUUUCUACUUAAAAAGAGGUGAAACUUCUUAUGGUGGAAUGCAGUUAGUUGAUGGUAUAGUGUAUGACGGCCUUACAGAUGUUUAUAACAAAUUUCACAUGGGCAAUUGUGCUGAAAAUACAGCAAAAAAACUUGGUAUAUCAAGGCAAGAACAAGACGAUUAUGCCAUAUCUAGUUACAAAAAAAGUGCAGCUGCUUAUGAAUCCAAAGCCUUCGUUGAUGAAUUAAUCCCAGUAUCAGUACCUCAGAAGAGAGGUGCACCCCCAGUAUUAUUUUCUGAAGAUGAAGAGUACAAAAAGGUUAACUUUGAGAAGUUUAAUAAACUGUCGACAGUAUUUCAAAAAGAAAAUGGCACAGUCACAGCAGGGAAUGCUUCCACACUUAAUGAUGGUGCUGCAGCACUCGUUUUAAUGACAGCGGAGGCUGCACAAAGGUUGAAUGUAAAACCAUUAGCUCGUAUUAUUGGAUUUGCUGAUGGAGAAUGUGAUCCAAUUGAUUUUCCCAUUGCACCAGCUGUAGCUAUCCCAAAAUUAUUAGAAAAAACUGGUGUCAAUAAAGAUGAUGUAGCACUCUGGGAAAUCAAUGAAGCUUUCAGUGUUGUGGCUGUUGCUAAUCAAAAGAUGUUGAAUCUAGACCCUUCUAAACUGAAUGUCCAUGGUGGCGGUGUCAGUCUUGGUCAUCCAAUAGGCAUGUCCGGUAGCCGUAUAGUAGUUCAUUUAUGCCAUGCUUUAAAGAAGGGAGAAAAAGGUGUUGCAGCAAUUUGUAAUGGAGGUGGUGGAGCUUCGUCAAUUAUGAUUGAAAAAUUGGCUGAGGCCAUUGACGGCCCACCUGUUCUAACCUUCUACACUAAAGAUCCAUGUCAGCUUUGUGACAUUGUAAUGGAAGAAUUAUCACCCUACAAAGAUAAGUUAAUAAUUGAGAAAAUUGAUAUAACUAAAAAAGAAAAUGUAAGGUGGCUUAGAUUAUACAGGCAUGAUAUACCAGUAUUAUUUUUAAAUGGAAAAUUUCUUUGUAUGCAUAGAUUAAAUCACGGUUUAUUAGAAAGACGACUGCAAAUUAUUGAACAAGAAAAAAUCAAUAACUAG